GGAUGAAUGCCACGACAAUGGGCCUCAGGAACUCAUCACAUUAUCUCUGUGCAUUCAAAUUGCCAUUUCUAAAAUGCAAUUGUGUUCUUUGUCUGUCGCUUAUGCCUGCCCAUACCAUAACCCCACUGCCACCAUGGGGCACUCUGUUCACAAUGUUGACAUCAGCAAACCGCUGGCCCACACAACGCCAUACACAGUCUUCCAUCUGCCCGGUACAGUGAAACUGGGUUUCAUUCGUGAAGAGCACACUUCUCCUGCAUGCCAGUGGCCAUCGAAGGAGAGCGUUUUCUCACUGAAGUCGGUUACGAUGCCAAACUGCAGUUAUUUUGGUGAGGACGACGAGCACACAGAUGAGCUUCCCUGAGACAGUUUCUAACAGUUUGCAGAAAUUCUUUGGUUGUGCAAACCUACAGUUUCAUCAACUGUCGGGGAGGCUGGACUCAGACGAUCCUGCAGGUGAAGAAGCCUAAUGUGGAAGUCCUGUGCUGGCGUGGUUACACGUGGUCUGCGGUUGUGAGGCUGGUUGGACGCACUGCCAAAUUCCCUAAAGCGAUGUUGGAGACGGCUCAUGGUAGAGAAAUUAACAUUCAAUUUUCUGGCAACCACUCUGGUGGACAUUCCUGCAGUCAGCAUGCCAAUUUACAAAUCCCUCAACUUGAAACAUCUGUGGCGUUGUCUUAUUUGACAAACUCCUCAUUUUAGAAUGUUCUUUUAUUGUUCCCAGCACAAGGUGCACCUGUGUAAUGAUCAUGCUGUUUAUGAGCUUUAAUAUGCCACACCUGUCAGGAGGAUAGAUUAUCUAGGUAAAGGAGAAAAUCUCACUAACAGGGAUGUAAACAUGUGUGCACAACAUUUUAGAGAAAUUCGCUUUUUGUGCAUAUGGAACAAUUCUGGGAUCUUUUUAUUUCAGCUCAUAAAAUAUGGGACCAACACUUUACGUGUUGCGUUUAUAUUUUUGUUCAGUAUACUAUAGCUUCAACACAAAACGAACAGCAGUGUUCUGAAACAACAAUGGUUUUCCUUGUUCAAAGCAUUCGAGGCCUUACUUCAUUGUUCUCCAUUCGUUGAAGCCGUCCGCGUGAGCUCUGCUUCAGUAGAUGGGUAUAAGCCAUACUGAAAAUUAUUUCAGCUUUAGACUUUGUGAAAAUCAACGUAGAAGCCUGCAGCCAGAGGUGAGGAGAAUGAGCCAGAAAGAGGGUCUGAGGGCCAACUCCUUUCAGUUCACUCUGGAGGGAGAGCCCUUUCGCAUCCUGGGGGGCUCUAUCCACUACUUCCGUGUCCCCAGAGCCUACUGGGAGGACCGGCUGCUGAAGAUGAGGGCCUGUGGGGUCAACACGCUCACCACAUAUGUGCCAUGGAACCUGCAUGAGCCAGAGAGAGGGGUUUUCAACUUCCAGGACCAGUUGGAUUUAAAGGCGUACAUCAGGCUAGCAGCAGAGUUGGGGCUCUGGGUGAUUCUGCGGCCAGGACCCUACAUCUGUGCUGAGUGGGACUUAGGAGGGCUCCCCAGCUGGCUGUUACGUGACAAAAACAUGAAGUUGAGGACAACCUACCCUGGCUUCACAGAAGCAGUGAACUCUUUCUUCGACAAACUCAUCCCAAUAAUUAAGCCUCUACAAUUUGAAGAGGGAGGCCCCAUCAUUGCAGUUCAAGUGGAGAAUGAGUAUGGCUCAUAUGCAAAGGAUGAACAAUACAUGCCUUUUAUAAAGGAGGCUCUACUAUCCAGAGGAACCAAUGUACUCCUGCUGACAUCAGACAACCGGGAGGGGCUCAAAUGUGGAGGAGUGGACGGAGUUCUCAAGACGGUAAACCUUCAAAGACUGGCCUACGGAACAAUACAAUAUUUAUCGUACAUGCAGCCCCAGAAACCUCUGCUUGUAAUGGAGUACUGGUCUGGGUGGUUCGAUGUCUGGAGUGAAUCUCACCACGUGUUUCCAGCAGAGGACAUGUUGGCUGUGGUGUCACAGAUACUGGAGCCAGGUGUAUCCAUCAACCUCUAUAUGUUCCAUGGUGGAACUAGCUUUGGCUUCAUGAAUGGAGCUGUGGCGAACCUUGGCACCUACAAACCUCAGGUCGGCAGCUACGAUUAUGAUGCUCCGUUAUCCGAGGCUGGAGAUUACACCACCAAGUAUCAGCUCUUGAGGAAUUUAUUCAGCCAGUUUCACAGUGAGAAGCUUCCUGAGGUUCCCUCUCUCCAGGCCAGGAGAGUGUAUGAGCCUGUCAUCAUUCAGCAGCAUCUGUCACUGUGGGAGAGCCUGCAGUUUACUGAGCCCUUGAAGUCAGAGGAGCCUGUCAACAUGGAGAACCUUCCGGUCAACAGUAAUAAUGGUCAGUCCUAUGGCUACACUCUAUAUGAGACCACCAUCAGCAGUGGAGGCCUUCUGAACUCCAGGAACAAUGUUAAAGACAGAGCCCUGGUGUUUGUGGACAGACACUUUGUUGGUGUCCUGGACUAUAAAUCGGUGGAGUUUGCACUGCCUGAUGGGAAGGGAGAGCGAACAUUGAGUUUACUUGUGGAGAACUGUGGAAGAGUGAAUUAUGGGAAAGCCCUAGAUGAUCAGCGUAAAGGUCUGGUGGGAGAUAUUGUAUUGAACCACGUGCCUCUGAAGGACUUUACAAUCUACUGUUUGGAUAUGAAGCCAAACUUCCUAAAGAGACUGAGUGCAGCAAGCCAGUGGAACUAAGUCCCCCAGAAGCCUUCCUUCCCAGGGUUCUUCCAGGGCAUGCUGUAUGUGGACGGCCAUCCCAGAGACACCUUCAUCAGACUGCCUGGCUGGAGUAAAGGAGUGGUCUUUAUCAACGGGCAGAAUCUUGGACGCCACUGGUCCAUCGGUCCCCAGAAAACUCUCUACCUCCCUGGACCUUGGCUUAAAAGUGGAAAUAAUCAGAUCAUUGUGUUCGAGGAACAGAAAGCUGAUGACAUUAGUAUUUGUUGAAAAUCCUGAUCAUGGAAAAACAAUUGAUGUAUACAAAUAUCCAUUUUGUGUUCUGCUUUGAAAUGAUCAAUAUUUUAAUAAAAUGACACAGCAAUUUCUUAUAACAUAGUAAUAACACGGUAAUACAAAAGCUAUGAUUACCUUAACACACUGUAUGUAAUGUUGUUAUUGUGUUAUGGGAUGGGUCUACCACUGAAUGUGAUGAUAGACAUGUAUUUUUAUGUAGUCUAGAGCACAGUCAUAAGGCAUGUUACAUAUACUACCGUUCAUAAGUUUGGGGUCACUUAGAAAUGUCCUUGUUUUUAAAAGAAAAGCAAAAAAAAUAAAAAAUCCAUUAAAAUAACAUCAAAUUGAUCAGAAAUGCAGUGUAGACAUUGUUAAUGUUGUAAAUGACUAUUGUAGCUGGAAACGGCAAAUUUUUAUGGAAUAUCUACAUAGGCGUACAGAGGCUCAUUAUCAGCAACCAUCACUCCUGUGUUCCAAUGACAUGUUGUGUUAGCUAAUCCAAGUUGAUCAUUAGAAAACCCCUUAGCAAUUAUGUUAGCACAGCUGAAAACUGUAGUCCUGAUUAAAGAGCAAUAAAACUGGCCUUCUUUAGACUAGUUGAGUAUCUGGAGCAGUAUCUGUGCCAUUGGAACACAGGAGUGAUGGUUGCUGAUAAUGGGCAUCUGUACGCCUAUGUAGAUAUUCCAUUACAAAUCGGCUGUUUCCAGCUACAAGAGUCAUUUACAACAUUAACAAUGUCUACACUGUAUUUCUGAUCAAUUUGAUGUUAUUUUAAUGGACAAAAAAUGUGCUUUUCUUUCAAAAACAAGGACAUUUCUAAGUGACCCCAAACUUAUGAACGGUAAAAGACAAGACAUUGAGUGGCGGAAUGUAGACUAUUACAACAAAGAAAAGUGAGAUGGAAGAGAUAAAGGACAACAAAGUUCAAAGGUAAAAUGCAGAUGUGUAAAACAUUCAAGUUUCAGUGCCUUACUCUAGUUGUCUGGAUAGGCAGUGUUAUUGUCCAUCUAAAAUGAAAUAUAGAUGAAAAACAAACCACUUGAUUUCACAUUUACAGUAUUUGUCUUGAGUACUGCUAGGCAUACUUUUGCUGUUAGGUUGACUAAAAAGUUAUUUCAUUGUAUUUAGAUGAACACAAUAUAGUUUGCAGCUCAUCUUGAAUGGUAAAGCUCAGGUUAUUAGUGCGUAAACAUUAGCCUACAAUAUUUUCAGAACUGGUCAUUUUAUUUUAUCAUAAGUUCUUUAUUAUAAAGUUAUUACAGAGAAGAACAAUCUGGCACGCCCCUUCGUGUAUUUUAUUUUAUUGGAUGAAUUGCUUGUAUAUCAUAGAUUUAAAAUCAUUCUUAUUACAGAUUAUUCAUUAUAUUGACCUCUGUUCAUCAUCUAUCCUGAUUUGCCUAGUCACUUUUACCCCUACCUACAUAUACACAGUGGCGACAUGUCAUUCAGGGCAGGUUAGGCUUGCCUGUUUUGCAUGUUAUUUUGGCAUUAGUACAUGUCAGUUUACAAACAAUGUAACAAAAAAUAUAUAUAAUUGAAUUAAUAAAGCCACAUACAAACAUGG